AUGGCCUUCUCACCGUCGUUGCAGCUGGCGCUGCUCGUCGCCCUCGUCCUGUCCGCCCCGGCGCCCGCCGCUCUCGCGGCCGGCAGCAAGGCCACCCGCAUCCGCCUCUACAUCCACGAGAGGUUCGAGGGCGCGAACGCGACGGUGGCGUCGCCGCUGCUGCGGUCCCCGCUGGGCGGCAACGCCACCUUCGGGGAGCCCGGCGUGAUCGACGACGAGCUCCGCGCCGGCCCGCGCCCCGGGUCCGACCUCGUCGGCAGAUUCCAGGGCUUCUUCGUCGGCACGGACCGGGCCGGGCCGAGCUACCUGUCCACCGUCACGCUCGUGUUCGCCGCCGGGGAGCGCCGCGGGAGCACGCUGACGGUGCAGGGCCAGUACCAUUUCGACUUCGAUGGCGCGGCCGUGGAGCGCGCCGUCGUGGGCGGCACCGGGGUGUUCAGGAUGGCGCGCGGGUACUCCGUCAUGAAGGUCGUGAGCGCGCCGACGCCGCAGACGGUCGUGUUCAGGAUCGACCUGUUCGUGCUCCUGCCCCGCCCCGGCCACUACUUCUAG